AUGGCUCCUGUUGUUGGUUUAGUUGGUUUAGGGCUAUUUCAGCGUGGAUUUUCCAUGCUAGGAAAUUGUGUGGAAAUCAGGUUGACUAUGCUACUUUUACUUAUUGGAGUUUCACAGCAAAUCUCACAUCCACUGCUCCAUGGCUUAAGUUUCCAUACCCGUUAUAGUGGGGUCCACCUACUUUUUCAGUUGGCCAUUCGUUCGCGACGAUAUUUUGUUGUAACACAUUCAACUAGUGCUUAUAAGGCUGCAUCAAGGCUGGCAAUUGCAACUCCACCUCCUGCUUAUGUACUUUGCAGAGGCAUUAGAUGGCAUGGAAUAAGUGUGCUUCUAGAUGGUCUUUAUGGAAUUGGAAUUGGAUCCAUAGUGUCAGUGGAAAAUGUGGGUCUUCUUGGAUUAACCAGAGUUGGGAGUCGAAGAGUUGUUCAGAUUUAUGUUGGUUUCAUGAUUUUUUUCUCCAUAUUAGGAAAUUUGGAUGAGUUUGUUAACUGUUUAGGAAGUGAUGGAACCGAUUCAUGA